CCAGAGUCGCACGGAGUCCUACAAGCCAAAAGUUGUUAUUGUGACAAUGCUGGGACCAUCCUGAUUAGGGCUGUUUGUGUCACUCCUUCAUGUUCGCUCUCUCACUUCACUUUUCUUCGUUUUCUGGGGCACCAGUGUUUAUUCAUUUUUACUGAAUCUCUCCACUCUCUCUGUCCGCCAGAUAUCAGAUAUCAGGGUGCCUCUAGACGUCAUGUCUACCACAACUGGGGCCUUUAUUGCUGGUGGCAUCGCCGCAUGCGGAGCUGUCACCGUGACGCACAGUUUCGAAACCGUGAAGAUCCGAUUACAGCUUCAGGGUGAGCUACAGUCGAAGAAAGAGGCAGUUCGCAAAUACAGGGGUGUGUUGCAUGGUGUGAAGGUGAUUCUGCAGAAUGAAGGUCCUCGCGGGCUGUUUCGUGGGAUUGGGUCCGCUUACGUUUAUCAAAUCCUCCUAAACGGAUGUCGUCUGGGCUUCUACGAACCGUUGCGACAAGGCCUUACCUCCGUCCUGUACAAAGACCCCGCUUACCAGUCGUUGGGUAUCAACAUCUUCUCCGGUGCAGCAUCCGGAAUUCUCGGAGCAGCAGCGGGUUCCCCCUUUUUCCUUGUAAAGACAAGGUUACAGUCCUUCUCUCCGUUCCUACCCGUUGGAACACAGCACCAAUAUAAGAACUCUUUCGAUGGGCUUCGACAGAUCCACGGCAAUGAGGGUAUCACAGGCCUUUACCGCGGAGUCGGCGCUGCUAUGGUUCGUACCGGAUUUGGCAGCUCGGUUCAGCUCCCAACCUACUUCUUUGCGAAAAGGCGGUUGACCAGGCAUCUCGGAAUGGAGGAUGGUCCAGGACUGCAUUUGGCGAGUAGUGCAUGCAGUGGAUUCGUUGUUUGCUGUGUCAUGCACCCCCCAGACACCAUCAUGUCAAGAAUGUACAACCAGACGGGUAAUUUGUACAAGGGAGUGUUCGACUGCCUGUACAAGACCGUCACCACCGAAGGUGUUCUCGCCAUCUACAAGGGAUACUUUGCUCAUCUAGCGCGUAUCUUGCCACACACCAUUUUAACUUUGACUUUGGCCGAACAAACCAACAAGCUUAUGCGGCGAUUUGAGUACCGAUUUAUCCCCGAAUCGAUCAGGGCUAGGAUAUAAAGCCUUUGCAAUCUAAUAAUGAACUAUAUCCGUAGCAUGUCCAUCUUGUUCUUUUGCUUUUCAUGCACUCAUCUUGUUGAAUAUCCCGGGCGUUCGCAUGGGAAGGAUAAGCGAUAGAUUUACAUAGAGGGUGUCAAUUUAUUCAGAACAGCUGAAUUCAAAUACGAUCGUUUGUGUCACCAGUAACCACUGACCUCGUCGGGUUUCGGAAUAUCCACGAAGCUCCUCGGGGUUUUGUGCGAACUUCAUUUGGACCAUUCCUAUCGCCGGAAGGCUACCCCGGUAACACAACGCGGGCUAGCGUGACCGGGUUGGAGGGAUUCAAGAAUUUUCAUCGCCUCCCGAGCACAGAGUACUCCCUACUUCGUCGCAGUUAACAUUUCAUGUCGCGUUUUCGAGCGCGUCACCAGACGCAGCAAGAAAAGACUCCUCAGGCACCAAAUUAUUGGAUGGCGAGACCAUGUUUCCAGCCAAACUGUCCAUGCAUUGGCGGUGUUUCAGACGGAAGAAGGGGUAGUCAUCACGAUCGUUGUUUGAGAUAAGCUGAAUUUGACGAAACAUAUGAUAUAUCUAUGGUGGGCCCAUCAAAAUUCGCGUUCUUCCCUUGUGAUGUGCAAGGGGCCUUGCAGGCACGUUAUCUCCGACAAGAGCUCCCCUGGUCUUCUGCUCAGACAUCCAUGCAGGGCACGAAGUCUGUUCGCGUCCAUUUCGGAGGUUUGGCAUUGUAAUGAUUCCGCCAUGGCAUGAUAAUGGAUCCAGCCUAUCCCGGUUGGUGCCUGGGUGACGGGCUGGAUUCGAUGUGGGCUGGUGAGACACCCAGCCACCUGUUUACAAAUCAUGACAUAAAGCACAUUGGCGCGGACGCGUUCUGCAUGGAAACCAUCUGCAUUGUCCAGGUUCAAUCUGGCGAGGAGGAAUAGGGCAAUAUUUAAUAUGGGAAUUUACAAUUGAAUUAUCAUACUAUAUACUCCGU